UUUUCUCCCUCAGCUGACCAGCGAUCUCCUGCGGUCCAGCCUCACUAAUUCAGCGCGAGGGAAGGGGGGCGUGAACCCGGCCGCGCUUCUCGCCCCAGGGAAAAAGUUGACAGGAAGCGGACGAAACCGCGAUGGCAACAGCCAAAAACUCGAGAGAUUCACGCGCGCGCAGCAACACAUGGGUACGGCGGUGUUACCUCUCGUAGUCGUCGUCUCCGGCCGACCCACCCGCGCGCCGGGCAAACCAAACAGUCAAAACCGACGGAAAGACGUCGCCGCGGGGCCCGCGGCAGAUGUCGUGUGCCGCCGUAUAGGCCUUAAAUCGCGCCUGCCCCUGCCACUCCUGUGUUCCUCGAAAGCGGCCAAUCUUGGGCACGGGUUAGCUCUGUGCUGGUGACAAUGGCGGUGCACCACUCCCUCGAGGUGGUCGACGGCCGCUGCGACGACGACGAUGGCAGCCCGCCACGCACCGGGACGGCGUGGACGUGCGCGGCGCACAUCAUCACGGCGGUGAUCGGGUCCGGGGUGCUGUCGCUGGCGUGGAGCGUGGCGCAGCUAGGGUGGGUGGCAGGCCCGGCGACCCUGAUCUGCUUCGCGGUCGUCACCUACGUCUCCGCCUCCCUCCUCUCCUACUGCUACCGCUCCCAGGACGCCGAGAAGGGUCCCAGGAACCGCUCCUACAUGGACGCCGUCCGCUUCUACCUCGGCAGGAAGCACACCUGGGCGUGCGGCUCGCUGCAGUUCCUCAGCCUCUACGGCUGCGGCGUCGCCUACACCAUCACCACCGCCACUAGCAUGAGGGCGAUUCUCAAGGCAAACUGCUACCACGCGCGCGGGCACCAGGCUCCGUGCACCUACGACGGCAGCUACUACAUGCUCAUGUUCGGCGGGAUGCAGCUCCUCCUCUCCUUCAUACCGGACUUCCACGACAUGGCAUGGCUCUCCGUCGUCGCCGCCAUCAUGUCCUUCUCCUACGCCUUCAUCGGCCUCGGGCUUGGCCUCGCCAACACCAUCUCUAAUGGUGUUAUCAAAGGAAGCAUAACGGGUGUGCCUAUGAAAACUCCUGUCGCCAAGGUAUGGCGCGUCUCGCAGGCCAUCGGCGACAUCGCGUUCGCCUACCCGUACUCCUUGAUCCUAUUGGAAAUUCAGGACACCCUCAAGUCGCCACCGGCCGAGAACAAGACGAUGAAGAAGGCGUCCAUCAUCUCCAUCAUGGUCACCACCUUCUUCUACCUCUGCUGCGGCUGCUUCGGCUACGCCGCCUUCGGGAGCGACGCGCCAGGCAACCUCCUCACCGGCUUCGGCUUCUACGAGCCCUACUGGCUCAUCGACUUCGCCAACGCCUGCAUCAUCAUCCACCUCCUGGGUGGCUACCAGGUGUACAGCCAGCCGAUCUACCAGUUCGCGGACAGGUACUUCGCGGAGCGGUACCCGGAGAGCGGCUUCGUCAACGAUUUCCACACCGUCAAGCUGCCGCUGCUGCCGGCAUUCAGGGUGAACCUGCUGCGCGUCUGCUUCCGCACGCUCUAUGUGGCGAGCACCACGGCCGUGGCGCUCUUCGUCCCCUACUUCAACGAGGUGCUGGCGCUGCUGGGCGCGCUCAACUUCUGGCCGCUCGCCAUCUACUUCCCCGUCGAGAUGUACUUCAUCCAGCGGAAGGUGCCCCGCUGGUCCACGCGCUGGGUCGUCCUCCAGGGCUUCAGCGCCCUCUGCCUCCUCGUCAGCGCCUUCGCGCUCGUCGGCUCCGUCCAGGGCGUCAUCAGCCAGAAGCUAGGCUAGUAUAUGUACAUUCAGGAGAGAUUCUUCUUCUAGAUUUCUUUUCUAGUGUAAAUUGUGAUGGACGUCACUACCGUGUAUGUGAUCUGGGACGGGGAGUAUUAGUUUUCUCCCUCCGUGGUGUGGUGAUGAACAACGGAGUACACAGGCAUGUUGUUGUAUUCUUGCACAGCAGGAUCGAUCGGGGAAUGGCACACCGUUUUCAGUGCCUUCCUUCUGGCUCCUGCA